UGUGGUUCGCUUGAAGAACUACUUAUUAGUUACUAGUAACUACUAGUGACGAGGUAAUCUGGACACUGAAGUUUGAUUAGUUUGAAUCUUGUGGCAUAAUGUUAAACAUUAUUUUUGUACUUUGACACUUUUCUUUUCUUAGUUUGAUAAAUAAAAUAACUUAAUAAUUUAUAAAUAAUGGCAAAUCAAUAUAAAGGAUGUUGUGUGUCCAUUAAUUGUGUGGAUGGUUCAGUCGUUCAAGGUGAAGUGAGCGGUAUGUCGGAUGACAAUGAAACUCUAAUCCUAAAACGACCGUUUAAAAAUGGUAUACCACAUACAGAAAAAGAAAUUCGUUUAAAAGCAUCGAUGAUAGAGAACCUAAAGAUUAUAAAAGCACAACUAGAAAAUGAACCAGUUAUCAAUAAUAGCCAAGUAGCCAAAAAUAUUAAAAAAAGUGUCCCUGUACCUAAACCAAACAAUGUCAAGCAAAAGAAUAAAGCAAAAAAUGCUCCAAAUUCUGAACCUGAACAACCACCACAGAAUUUUACAAAUCAUAAAGAACGAAAUGAUGCCUGUUUUGGUGUAUCACUUGAUACAAUUGUCAAAGAAGAUUUUGAUUUUGAAAAAAAUUUAGCUUUAUUCAACAAAAAAGCCUUUUAUAAUAAAAUUCAUAAAAAACCAGAUCUUGUUCCACAUGAAAAAGUUUCGAAUAAAUAUAAACAUACUGAAAAUGUAUUACAUUCUACUCCAGUCAAAUUUAGACAAGUUACAGUUCCUUCUCCUGCUAUCAAUGAAUAUAUAACGGAUGAUGGACUAGUUGUUCCAAGUAUAACGUCAGAAUUACGAUGGAAAUUAUUUAAUCUAGUUGAAGAAAAUGGUUUAACAACAGGACGUCAAAAUGAGAUAAUUGGGCGAGCUGCUACUGAAAUGGUGUUGCAACUUUUGGGAGGAGGUUAUAGAUUUAAUCCCAGAAAUGAACACCAAUGGCCUAGAGUAGUGGUUUUAUGUGGACCUAAUCGAUCAGGUGCAAUGGGUGUGAAUUGUGCGAGACAAUUAAGCAGUUAUGGUGUCCAUACUGUAGUUGUACUUUCUGAACCAGGAUUGUAUACUCCACAGUUGGCUAAUGAAAUGGCUUUAUAUCAAUUUACAACUGGUACCCUUAUUACUAGUGCAGCAGAGUUGCACGGCUUAUUAGAUCCAGAUUUUGUUGUAGUAUCUUUGGCUGAUGAACAAACUGAUACUGUGUCCCGGAACAUUACUAACUGGGCUAAAUCAGUUAGAUCACCAUUAAUGGCCAUUGAUCCUCCAUCACAAGGUACACCUUCAGUAGUAGUGAAAUAUUCUCUAGUACCUGCUUUACCUUUAUCUUACAGUGAAUCAAAUGGUAAAAUUUAUCUUUGUAAUAUGGGUAUACCUACUCAAGUAUUUCAUCUAGCUGGAAUCCAGUAUAAAUCACCAUUUGGUUCUAAAUCUGUAAUACCCUUACACAAUAAUGAGUGAUUUAUUACAAUUUUAAUAAUUAUUUGUUUUUGACGAAUCCUAAAAGAUGAUUUUAAUUUAAGUACUUA